AUGGCAUCUAUCUUGCUCGGAGCUCCUCCUCCCAUGGCAGCAGCAGCAGCAGCAGCUUCCCAAUCCCAAGCCUUCACCAUUGCCCCUUCUCUCUCCUCCUCCAAUUCACUAACCCUAAUUCCGUCCCCUCUUCGACUUUCAUAUUCAAUCUCCUCCUCCGCCCCACCUCUCCCUCUGGUUUACUGCGGCAGGGGUGACAAGAAAACUGCGAAAGGAAAGCGUUUCAGGCACUCCUUCGGCAAUUCGAGGCCCAAGAACAAGAACAAGGGAAGAGGGCCGCCUAGGGUUUACGCACCGCCGCUGCCGCCGAGAAAAGAUAAGUUCGAGGAUGUUGACGAUGAUGAUGAUGAGGCCCUCACAUUACCUGAGGAAGAGCUUCCCUCUGACGAAUAA